AUGCCGAUGCACGGGCGUCGAUCUGCCCACUCCAGCCCCAGAACUUUAAAUGAAGCUGUUGUUUCCGGUGGCCUUUCACAAAUUAUGGUUGGAGUCCAGGGAGUUUACUCUUAUCCCCAAGCAGAAAAAGAGGAAGGCUCAAGCAGCAGCGCCCCCUCCACCAAAAAGGAAGAUGAAGGUUGUGGGGGGGGAAUAAUAAGAGAUGAGGUGACACCCCAGGUGGACCCAGAAGAGGCCACUGCCGAACCUGAUUCUAAGAGAACAAUCUCCAAUGAAAUUCCCGUCGAUAAGGAGGAGGAAGCCCUCCACUUCGCUCGGGAGAUAGAGGAGGAUCUUUUUGGGGCAGAAUUGGCCAGGAGUGAUAAGGGGGGAAAAGCGCCGAAGGUGGCCGCUGGUGAGAAGAUGUCAAAGAAAAAGGAAGAUCCUGCUCCAGCGCGUGUCAAGAAGCCGAGGGUCAAGGAAGCACUCCGAAAAAAUCCAACACCCCAUCGGCGAGCGACAGGGCAUGAAAAAGGGAAGGGGAAAGCGGUGGAUGUGGAAGCAAGUGAGGACACGAUCCCUCUUUCCAGACUACGGAAGGGGAUCGCUAUCAGAGAACCCACCGCUCAACCCGAAAGACCUUCACCACUAAGACCAGCGACAAAGGAGGUGUCACCCGAGCCGCCUAGUCCGCUUGGCAAUGAACCUGUUCCCUUCGACCAGCAGGGGGCAGGCGAGCCAACUGCUGCUGGAACAGGCAAUGAAACCGAACCCGUUAACCAGUCGGGAGUGGUAGAGCCUACUGCUUCUGGACCAGAGGAGGAGCGGGAGACUGUGCUCACAGAAGAAACCAUCGGCGGGAUCAACGUCACAGAAGAGUCUUACAAGGAAUAUCCCACCGAGGUCUCCGCUGCCACAACUGCUGAAGCUGCCAAUGAAGCCGAAGAGGUGGAGGCAGUAAUUUCAAAUCUUCCACUUCUGCAAGUGUUCCCACGCAGCCCAAGAACACCAACCAUGACUAGGACACCUGCAGAAACUCUGACUCCGGCCUCAGCCAAAUAA